ACAAACCUGGCCGUAAUGUUGCUCCAACUAGUCUCAUUCUUAGCCUUGGGCUAUCUUGUGCUUGGCUACGAGCAGGCCUUGACCUUCUACACGGAACCUGGAUGCGUAGGGACUUCGCUCCGAUUCCAGAAUAAAGAGUCCGAUCUUACCGCAUACUCCCCGUUAUUGGGAGAAAUGAAGUCAUGGCUUCUUCAAGGAUACUGGGUAGCAUUCAGUGAGACGAACUACACCGGAUUGAGGAACCUCCACGUCGUUUCUUACGAGGAUAUGGUGCGUUGCUAUAACGACACACUUUUUCCCACGCUGUCCCUGAGAUAUAUGGGACCCUUGGAAACGACCACACCUUCAGCUUCGAUUUACAGCGGAAGUGGGGAAUAUUUCAUGGGUGGGGUCGAACGUACUUUUACCGGUUUGGCUGCAAACAAUUUCGGAUUUCUUCCAAAAUUUCUCGUCCUCACGGGAAGAUCGAGUUGGACGGGUUUUCCUAAUGAGGAUUUUUCCGGAAAUGCGACCUGUUUUUCAGUCAUGGAUAUAAUCGGGUACAUAAAUAUAUCAUCGUAUGGGAUAAAAUCCUUAGUCCAAGGAUGUAACGCUGAGUAAUUUGGGGCCCUCUACAUAUUACGUUAUCAAAAAUUCUCCAUUUUAUCUACCACUCACCCAACGCAAUCAUAAGGGAUAUGGAAUUUUAACAUUUUACAUAAGAAAACCUAAACCACCCACUAAUUUAAAGUAAUGACGUGAUAUAUGCAAGUUCCCUAUUAUUUUCUGGCAAUGUAAUAUUGAUAAGCCCGUGUUGCAAAUUAUUUCCAAAGUACUUAAAUGUACCAGUUUUAUGAUUUCGUUCCCGUGUUAGAAAAUUGUGUAAAAUUUUGUCGUCUAAUUGUGAUUUGAAUAAAAAUAUUUAAUUCAUGUUGGCUAAUAUUUUAUACUGUUUGUUGUUACGCGUCAAUUCGAAAGAAAUUCUACAUCGUGGUUCUAAAUACUUUCACAAAAAGUGGAAUUUUUGCUACUCUGUUCUUCCAUCAAUUAUGAACUA